AUGACCUCCUUCCCACACCACCCUCCCUCUGCCCUUGCUGUGGCCGAGUUGCCCACCACCCAAGCAUCCCUGGACCCAGUGGAGGUGCCCACCAUCUUGAUGCCCUUGGCAGUGACCCUGGCAACAAUGGCAACAUUGGAUAUGACACCUUACCCAGGCAUGUACCAGAGAGUCAAUCCUCGAGAGCAAAAACACAAACACAAUUUUGCUCCAUUUAAUUCUUUGCUGCCUCAAUUUAGGACAUACUCAAAGGACUCUUGUUAUCCUGGCCCCACCACAUACAACCCAGAGAUAAAGCCACCCAAAAAAGUCACCUGGCCAAUGAAAUUUGGAUCUCCAGACUGGGCUCAGGUUCCAUGUCUACAGAAAAGAACACUGAGAGCAGAGCUGCCCACAGACAAAGACUUUAGAAAGCCACAGAACCGUGUGGCCUACCUAAGCCUGUAUUACAACUGA